AUGUUGGCUUAUGUGCAGCAGGUUAAAGAAUUGUCUUAUACGCCAGCGCUGGCGUGGUUGAAUAGUUUUCUUUUAUUCGCCACGCCAGUGCUAUCGCCAGCGGUGGAGACACCGGUGUCCGUUGCAGCGAGGAACACGGGGGGGGUUUUGUCUUCGCUUAUAAGGCCCAAGUUUAUUGGGCCGACUGCUAAGACUUCGGUUUUGUUUGGUGCAGCUCAGGCCCUGGGAGGGUGGAUUAUACAUGAUGGGGACUUGGAAUCCGGGUCCGGUUUUUUAGCCGCAUGGUCAUCGUUGUACUUGCUAGUUGGAGGACGUGGAUCGGUAAGCGCACUGAGAUAUGGACGGGUUUGGCCUCUUCUUCUGGCUGGCACGUCUGGUGUUAGCGGGUUGCUGUAUGGUCAGAGGUUCUUGUCGGGUCGCUUUAGCUGA